AUGUCUGAUUCAAAAUCUUUAAUUGAUAUUGUUAAACAUGAACAAGGUCAUUUUGAUGCUGAAAGUAUUUUAUUUCUUGAUUUAAAUUCUCGAAAUCUUACUGAUGCUAAUAGUUUAAGCAUAUGUCGUAAUUUAAUUAUCUUAAAUUUAAAUAAUAAUAAUCUUACUAAUAUUCGUGGUUUUGGUACACUUACACAAUUACAAAAAUUAUCAUUAGCAAAAAAUCAAAUUAAUUCUUUAGAUGGUUUACAAACAUGUGAAAAUUUAGAAAUUCUUAAUGUUGCCGGAAAUAACCUUAUAGGACUUAAAUCUCUUGCACCAUUAUUACAUUUAACACGUUUACGAUCAUUAUGUUUGACUGAUCGACAAGACAAUCUAACAAAUCCUCUUUGUAAUUCUUCAUCUUAUCAUCAAGAUGUAAAAAAUAAUUUACCCAAUCUUGAUGUACUCGAUAAUGAAUGGCUUGGACAAGGUUUUCAAGAACGUAUUUCUUCAUUAGAAUCUGCUAUUGAACGAUUAGAAAAUUAUAAUUAUAAUUCUAAAACAAUGACUAAUGAAAAACCAACAAUUAUUAUAACACGAGCAACUAGUUCUGAUCAUUCAAUACAUAUAGCUAAUGAAGAAUAUGACGAAUUAUUUCAAUCGAUUCAAAUGCUUGUAAAAUAA